AUGGGGGCUCUGCAAACAGUACGCAGUCUAUCCAGGGGCACCCCAUCGAUGAAGAGCAUUCCUGUGAAGGGAGUAAUUCCCAUGUUUGUUCUCCACGCAGGGAAAGGGAAAAAGACGGGCUUUCCCCCAAGGUGCAAUGGAACGGCCGGCAUAUGCAGAAGAAGAAGUGUUGCUGGCAUUGCGUCCACGGGGGUGGAUCCCACAGGAAGUAACCAACGUAAGGACAACUCGAACGGGGGAAGAUCAAUGAUAAAUCGAAGGAACCAUGUGAACAAUCCAGCAAGUUACCCCUCCAAUAACCUCCGUAACCAUAGCGUUCGAUGCUACGCCAAUUGGGUGACGGCCAUCCAGCUUCCCGACAAGGUAAAGCAGAACCUAACUGCAUAUGUAACGUUAUCUAGGCUGCACAUCCCAACAGGGGUACACCUUCUCCUGAACUCAGCCCUUUAUGGUUACUUCCUAACCCUGCCAGUGGAAAGUCUAUUCACCACCCCAGGGAAUGAACUCAAUUGGGAGUCUAUAUACAAAAUCGGAAGAGACAUCGCCCUGUUUGCCUUUGGCAGUCUGAAUAGCCGUAUCGUUGGCUGCAUAAUAAAUGACCUCUUUGACAGAAAAUAUGACAGACAUGUUGAGAGAACAAAAAACAGACCACUAGCAAAUAACACCGUUACGAUGACAAGAGCAUUUACCUACCUAGGUAUCCACUCGGCAUUGUCUCUCCUAACCCUCUUUCAGUUUAGUCCGCAGACCAUUUACACAGGAUUACUUUCCACCGCGUUCAUCAUUUCGUAUCCUUUAAUGAAGCGAAUAACUUACUACGCACAGGUCUAUUUGUCGAUCACCUUUAAUCUUGGCUUUUUAAUUUCCUGCAGCGUGAAUAUAGACCUCGCUGCGAAUGUGCUUCCCCUAUGUGUCAGCUUUUUGCCUUUGUGUUAUCUGACCAUAAUAUAUGAUACGAUAUAUGCUCACCAGGAUAAAUGGGAUGACAUAAAGUUGAACCUGAAGUCGCUGGCUAUAAAAUGGGGGGAUAACACAUUGAAGUAUUCGAAACUGUUAGCCGUUAACAUGAUUUAUCUGUUUUAUUUGUCUGGAUACCUCUUCGAUAUGCACUACUCUUACUACGUCAUGUCGACCUGCAAUGUGCUCUACUUGUUGCAUUGCAUUAGUAAGACUUCGCUGGACGACAGGGAGAAGUGCAUGGCCUUUUUCAAAAACAGCAAGAAUAUUCUGAUGUUCUUUGCGCUCUCCGCGUUGGUCGCCAAGGGGUGUCAAGCGUACCAAAGGUUGGGAGAAGGAACACAGAAAGAUCCCCCACAAGUGGAGAAGAUACCCACAGGGAAGUAA